CCGAGCGGCGCGGGGCAGAGGGGAAGGGAGAGGGGGCGGGCGUGACAGCAGGCGUUCGGCACGGACAGCCCUGCCGGGUGAAGGUCCCCGCGGGCAGCCCGUCGCCCAUGGCAACCCGAGAAGCCGCGGCGGGGCCCGGGGCGGGUCAGGGUCAGGGUCCAAGGGCCGCCCCGGCGCCAUGGCGGCGGAGGUUGUGGUGGUGGGAUCCUGUAUGACCGACCUGGUCAGCCUUACUACGCGAUUGCCAAAAGCUGGAGAAACUAUCCUUGGACAGAAGUUUUUUGUUGGUUUUGGUGGGAAAGGAGCCAACCAGUGUGUCCAGUCUGCUCGACUUGGGGCCAAGACCUCACUGAUCUGCAAGGUUGGGAGUGAUUCCUUUGGCAAUGAUUAUGUUGCUAAUUUGAAGAAGAAUGGUAUUUCUACAGCAUUUGUAGGUCAAACUACAGAUGCUGCUACUGGAACUGCUUCAAUAAUUGUCAACAGUGAAGGACAGAAUGUUAUUGUCAUAGUCCCAGGAGCCAACCUGCUUUUAAAUUUUGAAGACCUGAAGAGGGCUUCUGAUGUCAUCUGUAAAGCCAAAGUGGUUGUUUGCCAGCUAGAAAUAACCCCUGCUGUUUCUCUUGAAGCUCUGAAAAUGGCACAUGCCAGUGGAGUAAAGACUUUGUUUAAUCCAGCUCCAGCCCUUGCUGACCUAGAUCCACAGUUUUAUACCUAUUCUGAUAUCUUCUGCUGCAAUGAAACUGAGGCAGAAAUUUUAACGGGCAUCCCAGUUGGCAACCUUGAAGAUGCUGAAAAGGUGGGACGCAUGCUGUUAGCAAGAGGGUGUAAGCUCGUAAUUGUUACUCUUGGAGCAGAAGGCUGCAUGAUGAUAUCAGGAGACGAAGCCAUUCCAAAGCACGUUCCUGCUGGGAAGGUCAGGGCUGUGGACACUACGGGCGCUGGAGACAGUUUUGUGGGAGCGCUGGCUUUCUACCUGGCCUACUAUCCCAAGUUAUCCAUGGAGGAAAUGAUCAGGAAGUCUAACUGCGUCGCAUCAGUGAGCGUCCAGGCACCGGGGACACAAUCUUCAUAUCCUUACAGGAAGGACUUGCCUCAGGACCUUUUCUAAUUGAUUGUCUAGCUCAGUGUACUGAUUUUAUCUCAUACCAGACAGCAUCAUUCUCCUGACUGCACUGAGGUUCUCCUCUGCUGACUGGAAAGGCCAGCAGAGUCUCUUUGCUUCUCCUUUCAGGAAUCCUGUGUUUCUGUUCUACAGUAGUAGAUGGGGUGCGGGUGGUGGCUCUUUCAAACACAGCACAGCAGGUCUCUCUGGCCCCACACAGCCCUGUGGCUGUCCCACACAGUGUGCCUUACUGAACUACAUGAAGUUUACAGCAAAACACCUGCAGGGUAUUGGGCUCCUGACAGGAUUUGUACUUGAUUUUAUCAGAACUGCUUAUGUGAAAUGGCAGCACAUGAAGCAGAGCAUUAGCUUUGAGACUGCAACUUCAGUGCUCAAGCACCAGGGCCAGUGUUUGGCUCACAACAAAGCCCCGUAUGUCGAGCCUGGGCCCGCCUGUGCCCACGUGCCUCAGGUGUGGCACUGCACUCUGUGCUUGCCCACACUCAGGAAGGUCCCUCCAACUGCAAACACGACAGGACUGCUGCUGAGGUAGACUUUGAAAAAUGUUUCUAGCCACAUUGCUCUCAACACAGGCAAGCCAAUUAAGGGGGAAAAAAGCUUACAAAAAACAUCAGAGAACUACCUUGUCUGUUUUCUUCAUGUUUGACAAAAACCCAAGAAUGAAAAAUCUGUCCUGAUAACCUGGCUGAAAAUAAUACAGGCCUUUAACCAUGUUAAUAGCUUAUCCAAAAACUCAUCUAGGUUCCCAUUCCUUCUUCUUUCCUCAGAAGGAGCUGGUGCAACAUUACCCCUCCAAGUAAUGACACCAGCCUGUGGUCACUACUGUCGCAUCUGUGGCUGGUAGGUUAGAAAAACUUGCAAUCCUGCCAUUGAAUUCCCGCUGUGGAAAAUGUUAAUUUUUAUUGCUUUAUAAAACAAUAGUUCCUUUGAAGAUUACAGACUCUUUCACAAUAGAAAACACAGACAAUGGGAUUUGCUAUUUAAUUUUUUUUUAAUUGAGCACUGUAAAAAUAACUCAAAAGAUAAAUAAAUGUUACUGUGAUGAUCUAUGUCCAGACAUUAGGAAUUUUCUCUCUCUACAUUGUUUUAUUCACAAUGGCCUUCAAAUCACAGGAGACGGUGAUCCCAGUUCAUUUCCUCUCUUUUCAGCCCAUGUUGCUGGAUUUCUGAAUCAGUGUUCACCCCAUCCUCCCCCCAGACCAUCCUCGUCUCAUGUAUAAAUCAAGUCCAGUCAUUGUUCACACAGAACGGAUUUUUCUCUUCUCUGUGAAGAGGACACGUUGUUUUGCUACAGGGAAAAAAAAAAGAAAAAAGAAUUCGUUAAGAAGCCUGAAGUGUUAAAAUUCAAUUCAACCAGCCCACGUUCCUUUUCUCCUGGCUGCCUUCACUGCUUAAAUGAGUGUGGAGCAACUGACUGGCACAGCAUUGUUGUUAACCAACUCCUGAAGGAGUUUCGUGGUGCUUUCACUUUACAUGUAAUUUUUAGUUCCUAAGAUGUCCACUUUACCUCUGUGAGAAUAAGUGUCAGAAUGCAAGUGACUGAAAACACUCAACAGCUGCUCUGUGUGACUAUUCUGAGUCACAGCUGUUCAAUGUAGGGACAAAAAUAGGUUCUUUCUGCUUUCUACUACUCUUCAACUCCAGAGCCCAAACAACUACAGAUGAUGAGUUGGAUCCAGUUGGCCUCACAGACUGACUGAGAACUUAACCAAUUGUCCUGUGGAUCUCUCAGCGAGGCACAAACUGGCCGUGACCACAAUCCCUGAUGCAGGUGUUUGCAAAAAAACAUGCACAGAGCAGGUUAAGCAUAGUCAAUACAUUGAUAAAAACCAAAAAUUACAAAAUAAAGCAAAGCAAAGCUUUAAAAUGCCAUCUGAAAAUCAACAGUUUGGUCAGAUUCAUUAUAUGAGUUCCUUUGAAAGCUCUGCAAGAGCAAUCCACACAACAAAAUCUCUUCUUCCACAAAAAAGUUUCGUUUUAAGAAAUACUGCAGAUAGUACAGAUUCUGUUGCUGCAGUUGGGAGGUUGUGAAACUUGGGCAAUCCUGCCACUACUUCACUAAAAUGCCUUAUUCUGUGGAUGUCCCAGGUUUCUAAGAAGUAUAAAACAUAAGGUGAAAACACAUGCCAAGUGAAAAUGCUUCCAAACAUAUUCCUGAUGUGAGUUGUUAUCUAGACUCAAAUUUACUUCCCUUCACACAUGCAACACUUUCUCACAUCAAUUUCUCACUUGUGUUCUACUACAGGCUACAAAGAUCAAACCUUUCUUCAGCAACCUACUACAUGUUCUGAGUUCUUCUCUUUCUUCACUUCCCUACAAGUUGCAAAGCCUCUGGAGGAUCACUCUGCACACUGUUUCAAUGCAACAAUUUAUUUUCCUUAUUCAAGAAUAUAAUCCUAGAGAUCUCUGUUUGCCCUUCUGUGUGGAAUUCAAAAGGAAAGCCACAACCUCUGUCACCUCUGAAAACUGCACAUUGCUUCCCUGGUGGUUUCUCUCACCUCUCAAAGCUCCUGUACUGUUAGCUCUGAGAAUGAAAAGGUAGUCCUCUAACAAGAACAUUUUAAGAAAAAAUAAACUUGAAUCACAUGCAUUAUCACAGCAUUGAACUGGCCAUGCAUUAUCUACUUAAAGCUGCUUAAUAAAUUUCUUAUAUUCUACAACUUUAAAUAA